AAACAUUUAUUUGCAAUGAAAUUCGUUUUGGUCAUUUGUUUGCUGCUCUGUCUGGGAUUUAGUUGCACUGUCAAUUGCUUGGACUGUCCAGAGAAAUGUCCAGAUACUCAGGAACUUGUUUGGGCUCUUGGAGGACGCUGCUAUCUGUAUCUUAACAAGUGUGAAUACGAUAAGGAGAACUGCAAUCGGGAGACACCUCUGAAGAUUGUCACCAGGGAAGAGUGUCAACCUUAUUGCGCUUCUUUCUGUCCCGAAAGCUAUAAACCCGUCGAGGGAGAUCUUCGCUACUUUGGACAUGCUUGUGAAAAGAUUGCUCAUGUUUGCAGAACUGGCGAAUUAUUGAAGCUAUAA